AUGGCUUCAUUAGAGAAGAUAUCUGCCAAUCUGAAACUUACAGAAUCUAAGAAAAACGACCUACGAAAGGCAAUUCUCUGGCUAACCCUCGAAUGGAAAGAUUUCGAAGAGCACUUGGAUUCAACCCAAGGUUCAUUCCGAGAAUGCUUCGAUGAACUAGAAUCGAGAGAGAAGCACUUGCAUUCAAUUCAAGAGUCAAUCUCCGAAAGCAACAAAGAUCUCAAUUUAAUCCAAAAUUCAAUCGAAAGUCGGUUAAGAGAAGUGGAAAACAAGGAGAAAGAGUUUCACGCUUUUCAAGAAGAGCAGAUUGAGGACUUCGAAUUGAAAGAAAAGCAACUGGGCUUGGUUAGAAAGUCUGUCGAGGCAAGGAUUGAGGAGGUUAAGUCGAAGGAGAAAACAUUGGAUGCAACUCAGAAGUUGGUAGAAGGGCUUUUUGACAAACUUGCAUUGGAGAUAAAGCAAUUUGAGCCUAUUCAGAAACUGAUUGAUGAGAGGUUUAAGGAGAUUGGUUUGAAGGGGGAGUACUUUGAGAAUAGAACAACACGUCUCAAUUCUGUUCAGAAUUGGAUAGAGAGGAGAGCCAAAGAGCUUGAUACUAAAGAGGAACAGUUGGAAGAGCGUGGAAAAGAACUUGAAUUGAAGGAAAGGAAUUUGGGUUCAGUCCAAAAAGAACUCGAACUAAAAGAAAAAGAAGUAGAAUGCGCUCAGGAAUCGAAUGAAAAGCGCGCAGCAGAACUUGAAUCAAGAGAGAAACAACUGAAUUCAGUAAAGAAGUUUACCCAAGAUUGCUUCAAGGAGUUUCAAUCCAAAAAGAAGCAAUGCCAGUUGGAACAAAAGUUGUUUGAAGAGCGCGUGAAGGACAUUGAGUUAAGAGAGAAACAAGUUGAGGAUCGGGUUAAAGAAUUUGGAUCGAAAGGAAAGCAAUUCAGUAAUGCCAUUGACCCUCGUGUAAAGACAGAGCCAGUAGAAAAUCUGCCAGGUGAGAUUGAUUGUUUGUCGGCAGAUAUACGAUUCGUUGUUACAAUGGAUGGGAAAAGUUUGCAGAUGUUCUUAAAUGGGCGGGGAAAGGACCAUGAGUUGAUGGCUGAAGAGGUUUACAAGGCUCUAAGAUUGUCACCGGACCCCUCAAAGUUGGUUUUAGAUGCAAUGGAAGGGUUCUACCCUCCCCAUUUAAAGAAGGAGAAUGUGGAGUUUGAAGGAAAUGUAGUGAGGAGUAGCUGCAUUCUUUUGUUAGAGCAGUUGAUGAGAAUUUUGCCGCAGAUUCAACCUCAUGUGAGAGAAGCUGCAUUGAGACUUGCAGGAGAGUGGAAGGCAAAAAUGGUGGUCGGUGGUAAGAAGUCUUUGGACGUGUUAGGUUUAUUGCAUCUUUUAGCUUCCUAUGGGUUGGCCUCUGCUUUCGAUGAGGAUGAGCUUCUUAAUCUUGUUGAGAUUGUUGCUGAGCAUAGACAAACCCCUGAAUUAUGCCGGCUUCUUGGUUUCACAGAAAAUAUUCCUGAGGUACACUGGUUGUUUGGGUGUCUUAAGGGUGAUGGUUCUUCAUGUAUGUUAAGAGUAUUAAGUCGCUGGUUGGUUGUGAGGCGCCGUCAACGUUGGUGGCUUCUUGUUCAAUCGCGGUUGUGUGGUGAUCCGUCGUCCGGUGGUGGUGGUAGUCACUUGUUGGGUGUGAGGCACCGUCGACUAGUGUGGUCGACGUUGGUGGCUUUUGUGGUGGUGGUAGUUGCUGGACAUUGGCGCCGUCGACUGGUGUGGUCAAUGUUGGUGGCUUCUCUUGACGCCGUCGACAGUAAAGAUCUAGUCCAAAAUUUAAUCAGAAAGCAGCAGCAUCUCGUGGCAAUUAGAUUUAUUUGUUCAUUUGGGCUUGUUAACAAGUUCCCACCCGUGCCUAUCAUGAAAGACUACUUGAAGCAAGUUAAAAACAUUGCCAAGAGUAUGCGUAAGAAAGAUAACUCACGUAAGGCACAGAAUCAGUCCACAGGAAAAAGAGUAGCAGCUAUGAGAGCUGUAAUGAAAUGCAUUGUAGAUCACAAGCUUGAAUCUCUAUACUCACCAAAAAUUCUUGAAAAAUGCAUCGGGCAGCUUAUAAUGCAGAAUGCAGGUAAAAAAUUUACUGCCUCAUCCGCUACCAACAAGGCUCUGAAACGACAGCAAAUAGAGAUGAAACGAAUGUCAGUCAUCACUGCAACCAUCGCCCCCAAGGCCAUGGCCACUGCCCCAGACCCCCGCAGAGCCAUUGCUAACGUUUGUUCUCCUGCCACCAAUAUGGCUGUUAUCCUUGCUAAUAUGGAUGGAAAAAAUUUGCAGCUAUUCUUGAGUGAGCAUUUGGAAGAGCAUGAAUUCAUCAUGCACGAAGAAGUUUUUAGUGCUCUUCAAAUGUUGUUUGACCCGGCAAGGCUUGUUUUGGAUGCUAUGCAGGGAUUUUAUUCUCCACAUUCAGAUAACAGAAAUAAGGAUUUUGGAGGCAAUGUCAUUAGGAGGAGUUGCAUUCUUUUGUUAGAGCAAUUAGUGAGACUCUCCCCGACAAUUAAACCUCAGACGAAAGAAGAAGCAAUCAAACUUGCUUUUGAUUGGAAAGAGAAAAUGAGAGCCAAAAAUGAAAAUUGUAUGGAGAUCAUGGGUUUUCUGCUACUUAUAGGUGCCUAUGGAUUGGCCUUUGCUUUUGAUGCCGAUGAACUUCUCAAUCUUUUCAAGAUUGUUGCUCAGUUUAGACAUGCUCCUGAGUUAUGUGAAGCCCUUGGUUUCUCCGACAAUGUCCAUGUAAGCGGCAUACUUCAUCCUGAAGCAACGAUUGGGCAAUUUUCAUCAGAAAAUUUGUGCUCCGGCGCAGUAGCAUCUUCGUCUAUGGGUCAAAGGCAUGACUUUGAAUUUUUAUGCACCACCAUGGAUAGAAAAGGAGAGGAGCUUGAUUCAAUGUGGAAUGAUGUUCCGGCUUCCAUUCGUCAUGCAUCAGAUCCAGCAAAGCUUGUUUUGGAUGCAUUGCAAUGUUGCUACUACUCCAAGUUGAAGAGAAAUAACAAAUUUGUCAUGACAAGUUUCGUUAAUUUAUUGGAGCAGCUUAUGAGAAUCUCACCUGGGAUUAUGCCUCAGGUAAAAGAAUCGGCAAUGAAAUUUUCUGUUGAUUGGAGAGCAGAAUUGGAUGGUCCAAGAAUGUUUCCCAUGGAGGUUUUAGGGUUUCUGCAGCUUUUAGCCACCUACAAAUUGGCUGCUUAUUUUGAUGCAAAUGAUCUUCUUGAUCUUUUGGAUGCUGUUCAUCAGCAGAAGCAGACUACUAAUUUAUUUCAGGUCCUUGGUCUGGCAGAUAAGAUUCCUUCUUUUAUCCACAAUCUCAUUGGAAAGGGGAGGCGGCUUCAGGCUAUUAGGUAUAUUUAUGCAUUUCAGCUUGUUGACAUUUUCCCACCAGUGCCUCUCCUGCAAAGUCACUUGAUAUAUUCAGAGCAGCUUGCCAAGAAAAAAUGUGAGGAGGGACACAACUCUCCCGUAGCACAGUAUAGGGCCACAAACAAUGAAAUUACUGCUCUCAGAGCUGUAAUCAAAUGCAUUCUAGAUCAUGGGCUUGAAUCUGAGUACUCAGUUGAGAACCUUAAAGCACGCAUUGCACAGCUAGAAAGGCAGCGGGAUGAGUGGAAAAUCUCAAUGCUAUGCCCGUCCUCGAAGGUUCAAUGCCAACAGAACGAAACAAAAACAAGUCCUCCAGCUUCUCUCCUCGCAGCCAUUGGCCAGCCACAACUGCAGGACACAAUAGAACAUGGUCCAGCUGCUGCUGUCAAUUCCAAGGCUGAAUCACAUCAAAAGCCUGCACAAAAGCGUCGUCGGGUCGAUAUAUCAGUAGAAGCAAUGCCAACUACUCAUCUUGGUUCUGCUUAUCCCACUCACUCAGAACAAACAUCUUCUCGGUAUACAGGGGGCUGGUUCACAGAACAAGAUGGACCCUAUUCAAGGGCACCCCUUGGACACUACAGCUUGGGGAGUUCAACUCCUAUCAUGCCACAUACAAGCCAUUUGGAGUGGCAGUAUGGAUCAGAUGCCUCACCUAAUUGGGGCACCAGAAAUUUUGGUUUUUCUGGUGGGCACUUUGGGGUGGCUGCUAAUCUGAAUGAUCAGCCAUCCAUGAUGGAUGAAAGACAAAGACAAUAUUCAAAUGUUUCAUGGCAAGUGCCCUAAUUGAUCUGCCACUUAACCACCCCUCCCUAUCUACUAAGGGACAAAGUAGUGAUGCUUUUUUAUGGGAUCAAGUGCUGGCUCUAGUUUGCUACCUCAGUUAGCUUCCAUCUUACAAUCCUUAAAGGGUUCCAAUGGUGAUGGCGUGCUAGUUAUGGUUUGUAACCUCAAUGCCUUCCAUCUUUUGUUCCUUGUGCUUUCCUAGACUUAACGUAUUGAUAGUUUUUUUUUGAACGGUAACUUGUUGAUAGUUAAGUCCAAUAUAAAGAGUAGGAGAAUGAACAGUGAUGAGUAACCUCCUUGUACAUUGUUUUUAAAUAUUUUUGUACAGUUCAAAAAUAGUACAGUAGCUUUUGUUGUUGGAUUGCUUUCCAAAUGCUUCCCUAGAUCUUAUCAAUGCUCGUUUUGUGAAGGCUUGGAAGAAUGCCAGUUUGUAACUUUUCAGUUGUAUUUUGCUUUUCAUUUGAUUGUUGAACUUUAUUUUCUCUUUUGCC